AUGCCGGUGUCCGCGUUGAAGGAGAGCGACUUGCUGAACCGCAAGGGAUCCUUCUCGGAGGAGGGCGUCCUGGGCCUGAAGAACAUGGCGUUGACGGCGGAGGGAGAGGAGAACGAGUUCAAGGGGUGCUUGGAGGUGUCCGAGAUGCGAAGAAAAGAGAUGGAGGGCACCCUCAAGCCCGAGCCGCUCCUCGUCGAGAACCCGGGACGCUUCGUGCUCUUCCCUAUCCAGGAUAACGAGGUGUGGCAGAUGUACAAGAAGGCGGAGGCGUGCUUCUGGACGGCGGAGGAGCUAGACCUUGCGCACGACCACAAGGACUGGGAGGGGCUGACGGACGACGAGAGACACUUCGUCAAGCACGUCCUCGCCUUCUUCGCGGCUAGCGACGGCAUCGUUAACGAGAACUUGGCAAGCAACUUCAGCAGCGAGAUCCAGCUCUCGGAGGCCCGGUGCUUCUACGGCUUCCAGAUCGCCAUCGAGAACAUCCACAGCGAGGUGUACAGCCUCCUGAUCGACACGUACGUCAAGGACGCCGCCGAGAAGACCCACCUCUUCAACGCCAUGGAGACGGUCCCCUGCGUGCGACGGAAGGCGCGGUGGGCUCUGAGGUGGUGCGACCCGAAGCUUGCCUCGUACGCGGAGCGGCUGGUGGCGUUCGCGGCGGUGGAGGGCAUCUUCUUUUCCGGAAGCUUCUGCGCCGUGUUCUGGCUGAAGAAGCGAGGGCUGAUGCCCGGGCUGUGCUUCUCGAACGAACUCAUCAGCCGAGAUGAGGGUCUCCACACCGACUUCGCGUGCCUGCUGUUCAGAAAACUGGUGAACAAGCUGCCCGUCGAGCGGGUGGCGGAGAUCAUUUGCGACGCGGUGGACAUCGAGAAGGAGUUCAUCACCUCCGCCUUGCCCGUGGAGCUGAUCGGCAUGAACAGCGCGCUCAUGCGACAGUACAUCGAGUUCUGCGCCGACCGGCUGCUGAUGGAGCUUGGCUGCGAGAAGAAGUACAACUCGACCAACCCGUUCGACUGGAUGGAGAUGAUUUCGCUCCAGGGGAAGACCAACUUCUUCGAGAAGAGAGUCGGGGAGUACAGCAAGUCGGGCGUAGGAGUCGACGCCGCGGAUCAGGAGUUCACCCUCGAGGCAGACUUUUAGAGUGGGAAACACGUUUAGUUGUAUCGUCUCCUGCUCCGUAGCGUACCAUGUGUAGUUUGUUUUCACGUUAGACACGAACGUUUAGUAGUACAUCUCUGCAAUACUUUCUGUGCCCCCCCAUGUCGUUCUUGGGAUUCUUUUUUGAAGGCUUGUUUUUGGGUGACGGGGGUGAGUAGAAACCGAGAGAUGUGUCCUCCGGCAACACAUGAAAAUAGAAAACCGAGUCAUUCUCCUACUGCUGUAAAGCAGUACCCGGUGGUCUGUUGCGGUAAGUGAGACUCCACAGGAGUCUUGUAUUCAACCAACAUCUGGCCGCCUUGAGAGAUAUAGGAAGCAUCAUCACGGAAUACGGUCCAACCCCCAACGGUCCCGCGUUCUUUGGCGCCGUACAGAAUGAUUGAUUACUCUUGUGGUGUGCUUAUUCGAAACCAAAACGGGACGUGCGUGAGCUCGGUGUUGGCGGGACCUGUCUCUGCCGGUGUGACCGUGGGGCUGGUUGUUGGCCUAGACUCAAUUCUUAAAGCGUUUU